UACAGUAGUUAAGGAACAAAAUGUUUUACAACCUUUAAGUGAAACAAUCCUUCUAUUUAAUUUAGAUUAAUAAGAGGAGAGUUUGUGUUUUUGUUUGGAGAAUCUGCUUUGCAUCCACUUUUUGGGGACCUAACAUUGUUUUCUCUACUACUUUUAAGUGUGUUAUUCCUACAGUAUUUCAGUUUAUGUGAAGGCUAUUAAUAAAAUAUUUAACCAUACUUUAGUUCAGCUCCCUGUGGACUUUUUUCAUUCUUGAUAAACACCAGCUCUGAUACCAGAUGGAGAGGGAAUUGAUCUGUGGAGACUGCAACAUGGUGUUUCGCUCCACUGGGCUGCUUGAGAAACACAAAGCACUGUUCUGCAUUGGGAGCAUGGCAGGACACCUUCGGGUUCAAAGACACAGCUCUGAACUUCUCAUGAGAGACCAAACUGGAUGUGUUGACCCUAAACAGACAAGAACCCCUGACCUUGUUCAGCUGAGAGGUCAACGAAGGAACAUCACCAAGUGGAGGAGUGUUGAUGCCAAACCAAAUUCAGCAAAAGCAGAGGACAUACCAGCAACCAGUCAGACAGAGAGUGCUGCUCUGCAAGAUCUCACAGAUGAGUUUCACAAGUUGAGGAUGUCCAUUGAAGAAAAUCUGCCAAACCGGUCAAAAAGAACCACAGAUACUGAGGUGAGUGGGUGUCCACUGGGUCACAGUGAGAGACUAAAGGAGAUGAGGGAAAUGGCAACGCUCCACGAGCGCCAACUGGCCCUGAUACAUGCUCACAACCAGCAGCUGGAGCAGCAGAGAGACGAGCUGGCCCAUCAGGUAAGUGUCUUGUCUGAGCAGAGCAACACAACUCACCUGGAGAGUCUGCUGAUGGAGCUCAGAGAGCAGGAGGAGAGAAACGAGGAAACACUGCAACAACUCACUGAACAUCUCCAUGCAUUACAUGUGCGAGAGGUCUCUGUACCUGCUGCUCAGCCAGAUCCAGAGGAGAAUAAAAAGAUGCAUCAUAACAGCUACGAGUUAAUUUCUUGUGCGGAUGGGCCUCUCUCUACCCAGAUAAAAGCCCUGCGGCAGGCAUACAUCCAGUCAGGUGGGUCAGAUCCAGCCAUUGUGGUACGAAUGAUUGACCUGCAGGCAGAAGCCCAAAGUCUGGAGAAGAACCAACCAGUGGCAGCUGGCAAGAGUACGAAGGUGAAGCCUCCUUGGCAGGGUCCAAGUUGGGAGCUGCUGGCUGUGCAGCAGGAGAACCAGAAACUGGAGGAGGAGAUCCUCAGGAUACAGCUGGCCAGGAGGCAACACCAUAACUAUGAAGCAGCAGUGAGGACUGAGCUUGAGCUGGUUCAGGGGGAGAACCUCCUGCAGAUUGCCAGUUUACAGGCAGAGAUGGAGAGAAGCAAAGAAGCUCCCAGGCCCAGGAGACAGCCUCCUCCACCUCCUCCACUCCCACUCCAACCCAAGACUCACAUUCAUGCACCUCUUUCACUGUUCCAGGCCAGAUCCUUCUCCUCUCCACUGGGAACAUGCACAUUGGACUCCCUGGACUCUCUGGGUCCGGCCCCAUACGACCCUGCAGCUGGUUUUGUGGUUUUCUAUGACCUGGUGCUGGGAGUUGAUGUCUCUCAGAGGGCGCUGCGCCUUGUGGCAGCUCUCUACUCAGAAAGUCAGGAGGUAGGACCACCGACUCCACUGCCCCCUGUCCAGUGCCUGCCGGGAGUGUCCCUGCCUUACACCCACAGCCUCACCCCUAGAAACUAUGCCCUCCUGUCAGUCAAACAGCCUGCACCAAGGAUCCAGCCAUCACCCUCCCUCUCUCUAGUGGUAGAGGUGCAGACAGCAAGAGAUCUGGAUGUUCACAACCAGGAUGUCUUCAAACUGCUGUCCUGCGGCUGGACACGAAUGGAUCUCUUUGACCAAUACAACCAGCUCCAUAGUGGCCACUGGAGGCUGCCAGUGCGCAGCCUGCCUAUUAGAUCAUUAAGCCUUGCCCAGCUCAACUCAGUACCCCAGGUGGGCAACAUGGAGCUGUGUGUACGUUUGGUCAACGGACGGGAUGGAGACGUUCAGACUCUGGCAAAGCCUGACCCAACCAGCACCGGCCACUAUAAAUAUCCAUCUGUGGUGUCACAUUCUGCGACUAUCCACGGAAAUGCACCUCAGCCAGUAUCAGCUCCACAGCCCACAGGAGUGGAGCAGCUCUCUUCCCUUUUGUCCUUCACUGAUCACCAAGACCCUCCACCCACAGAGGCCAGUCAGAGUUGAAAACAUCUCUACAAUCAGGAUGUAACAAGAUACCUGAGCAAUUAUGCUCUUCCAAACUUUGAUUAGUUUGUUGAACUGUAAGCGGAGGCUCCUCUCUCCCCUUUUCUUCUUAGAUUAUGAAGGUAUUUACUUUCCUUAUUGUUGCAGUUUUGUUUUCCAAGACUGGUCUUACAUGAAUGUGUAGCAGCACAGGGAUGAUUUUAACAGUGUCCAGAGUUAAAAUAAAUCAAUCAGUGCAUUUGACAAAAGUACCUCAAGUUUUUUGAAAUUUUACAGCUGCAACUAACCCUUAAAUGAUGACUAUAGUGAGUUUCUCACAAUUGGGCAUUUUCCACUGUUCACUGAUGUUUUAAUAAACCGUCACAACUUCCCAGAACCUA